GACAGAAGAAGAUGUAAAGGAACAGAGGGCAGAAAGGCACACGGGCUAUCAUGUCUAUUCCCGUAACAUCCUCCUCGCCGCCACCUACCAGUUCCAUGGAGAUAAUAUUUGGCAGGAAUAAGAAAGAACAGCUGGUGCCAGUGCCAGCCACAGUGACAGGCAAGAUUCCAACAUGGCUGCAGGGGACCCUGCUUCGAAAUGGGCCCGGGAUGCACACAGUGGGAGUUAGCAAGUACAACCAUUGGUUUGACGGCCUGGCCCUUCUCCACAGCUUCUCCAUCAGAGAUGGGGAGGUCUUCUACAGGAGCAAAUACUUGCAGAGUGACACCUACAAUGCCAACAUCGAGGCCAACAAAAUCGUGGUGUCUGAGUUUGGAACAAUGGCCUAUCCAGACCCAUGCAAAAACAUCUUCUCCAAGGCGUUCUCCUACUUGUCCCACACCAUCCCCGAUUUCACAGACAACUGCCUGAUCAAUGUCAUGAAGUGUGGAGAUGACUUCUAUGCGACCACAGAGACCAACUACAUCAGGAAAAUCAACCCCCAGACUCUAGAAACCCUAGAGAAGGUUGACUACCGGAAGUAUGUGGCUGUAAACCUGGCGACCUCACACCCUCAUUAUGAUGAAGCUGGAAAUGUCCUUAACAUGGGCACAUCCAUUGUGGACAAAGGAAGGACAAAAUAUGUAAUAUUUAAGAUCCCUGCUACAGCACCAGGCACCAAGAAGAAAGGGAAGAGCCCCUUGAAGCAUGCAGAAGCAUUCUGCUCCAUCCCCUCUCGCUCGCUCCUCUCCCCCAGCUACUACCACAGCUUUGGAGUCACAGAGAACUAUGUGAUAUUUCUGGAGCAGCCUUUUAAGUUGGAUAUCCUCAAGAUGGCCACCGCAUACGUGCGGGGGGUGAGCUGGGCUUCCUGCAUGUCAUUCCACAGGGAGGACAAGACUUACAUUCAUAUUAUCGACCAAAGGACUAAAAAGCCCGUGCCAACCAAGUUCUACACAGACCCCAUGGUGGUUUUCCAUCAUGUCAACGCCUAUGAGGAAGAUGGCUGUGUCCUGUUUGACGUCAUUGCCUAUGAGGACAGCAGCCUCUAUGAGCUCUUCUACCUGGCCAACCUGAACCAGAACUUCGAGGAGAAUUCCAGGAUGACCUCUGUGCCCACCCUCAAGAGGUUUGCUGUGCCCCUCCAUGUGGACAAGAAUGCUGAACUGGGCUCAAAUUUAAUCAAGGUGGCAACUACAAGAGCAACAGCCCUGAAGGAAAAAGAUGGCUAUGUCUACUGUCAGCCUGAGGUCCUCUAUGAAGGCCUAGAGCUCCCUCGGAUAAAUUAUGCUCACAACGGGAAGCCAUAUCGCUACAUCUUUGCUGCUGAAGUUCAGUGGAGUCCAAUUCCAACCAAGAUACUAAAAUAUGAUGUUCUCACAAAGUCUUCCUUAAAGUGGGGUGAGGAGUGCUGCUGGCCGGCGGAACCUGUGUUUGUACCCACACCAGGUGCCAAGGAUGAGGAUGACGGAGUCAUCUUAUCAGCCAUUGUCUCUACCGAUCCCCAAAAGCUUCCAUUUUUACUUGUUCUGGAUGCCAAAAAUUUUACGGAAUUGGCUCGUGCCUCUGUUGAUGCGGACUUGCACCUAGACCUGCAUGGCUUAUUUAUCCCAGAUGCAGACUGGGAUGCAGAGAAGCAGACCCCUGCCGAAACUCGGGAGGAUGAAAAUUCGGAUGCCCCUCUCACCCCACAGGCCUGACAGCACCAGGACUGGGCCACAGUAAGAAUGACUUCACUGGUGGGGCCUGGGGACAGUGAGUGUUAACACUGUCAACUUGACAGCAUCUAGGAUCACUUUGGAAACAAGCUUCUGGGUCUGUCUGUGAAAGAGUUUCUAUACUGGGUUAACUGGGCAAGGAAGAUCCUUGGAUGUGGACAGCACCAUCCUGUGAACU